CCCUCCAUCCCUCUUCUAUUUUCCCUGAAUAAACAACUGGAGUUUUAAUAACCUGAACCGAUUUAAUUUUCACAAUAAUCACGGUAAUCUGAAAUUUGAAAGAAAGUCAUUUCCUUCAACCUCCAUCCACUAUGUGCAAAGCCGACACUGCGCUCUCCAUCCUCUGUGGAACAUGGAAUCUAGACUCUGAAGAAGAGAUGCAAAUGAUAUUCUACGAGAACGGCACGGGCGAAUUAAUCCUCCGUCAUAUAUUCAAUGCGUGGAUCGCUGCUGAGACUGAAUGGAAGUCACUUGGGCCUGAGCCACUCGACCAGAUUUCUGUCAGCGACAGCAACACUGCCUCUCAAACAGAGGCACAAGUUCUAGCGCACUUCAAUCUAGAAAUAACACUCACAAAACGGGCCAUCACAACACGCGGCUCAACAGAUGACUACAUCUUAAACGAAGAGAAUCUCAUCGACGCCGCCUUCCUCCCUAAACGAUACUCCGUCCGGUUGGAAAAAGGCUCGUUCAAAACAGCCUUCGAGCGGACAGCGGGACCGGUGCGUCCGUGGCGCCAGUCGUAUGCUUAUCAGCUUGUUUUUGAUAAGUCGCCGUAUCCACCGCUGAAUGAAUGGAAGGAUCCGGAGGAGGCGCCUGAGCCGCCGUUUUUGCCGUUUGAGGGGUGGAGGGAGUUUUGUAGUCGGACGUUGCCGAAGGAUGGGCAGGCAUAGAAUAUGGGGAGAUGUUGUGGGUAGUUUGGUUAUUUAUGGUGGUUUGAUGGUUGUUUGAUGGCAUCACCUAUGAAACCGUGUCUUCACUGCAUAAAUAAACAGUUAUCUAUAUCCUAUCCAA